AUGGGCAGGAUUAUCUUUUACGAGGACAGGAAUUUCCAAGGUCGUAGUUAUGAGUGCAGCAAUGACUGCACAGACCUUCACUCCUACUUUAGCCGCUGUAACUCCAUCAGGGUGGAGAGUGGCUGCUUCAUGAUCUAUGAAAGGCCAAAUUAUAUGGGCCACCAGUAUUUCAUGAGAAAGGGCGAGUAUCCUGACUACCAGAGAUGGAUGGGCUUCAGCAGCUGCAUUCGAUCUUGUCGCGUGAUUCCAAUGGUAAGCUUGGGCUCAUACAGAUUAAGGAUCUAUGAGAAGACCGACUUUAAUGGUCACAUGAUGGAGUUCAUGGAUGAUUGCCCCUGUGUGUCUGACCGCUUCCACCACCGCCAUGUGUACUCCUGUAAUGUGAUGAAUGGCUACUGGAUCUUCUAUGAAUACCCCAAUUACAGGGGCAGACAGUACUUCCUGAGGCCUGGAGAGUACAGGAGGUACCGCGACUGGAGUGCUACCUGUGCCAUUGUUGGCUCCUUCAGACGUGUCACUGAUUUUUAG